AGAGCCUUUUUUUAAUCGGUCAAACUGUGUCAGAGAACUUCGAUUUCGAAAAUUCCAAGUGAGGUUAGUUGACUGAUCCAUACUCUUAAGAUGAGUAACCGUUGAUUCUGAAGCAUCCUGUAUAUUCAUACGCGAACAAUCGAACGCGCGCGCAUGACAAGAGAAGCCCGGUAAAGAGCUGCUCUUGAGCUCCUUCUGGCUCCUCCGCAGUCACGUUGACGUGCUGCUAAUCUUUGGCGCUUUGGAGCUCGCACGUAUGAACUAUCGCUGUUAUGUAUAAGUAUAUUGAAGAAUAGAUAUGGAUAUCAGAGCUGUCAUUGUGCCUGGUGAAGCUCCAGAAUCUGACGAUGAUACAGUUGGAGUAAGCACAGGGACAAAAUUCGCCAUAGCUCAAGAACGACAUGCUUCUGGAACAAUUAUUUCUGGUGAAGCAACAGAGUCUGACGAUGAUGGUAUGAGCUGGAGUAGUGCGAGUGCAGCCAUUGAUGUGACUGCUUGUCCUCCAUACUCGGACACGCAACGCUCUCACUCUAAUAAAAGUUUCAUCAAGUACAACAGUUUAUUGCAUAAAAAAUUACACGAGUGCAACGAAUCAUUGAGCAGAAAUGUUGUUCGGCUGAGCGAGGGUACAAUCAGCCAAGGUAUUCAAGAACUAAUGGCCGUUAACCGUCAAUUGGUGAAAAGCGAAUCAACCGUUCAGGAAUCAGCUUGUCAGCUGCGAAACGCUUCGAAUCAAUGGAGAAACGCAUCGAAUGCAUUGUUUCAAUUGAUCGACGCAAAUUUUUUAAGUUCGAUUAAAAUUUAAUUACACAAAACUAGAUUGGCUUGGUGGGUAGAUAUUUAUCAAUUUAUAAUAGAAUAAACGUACGAUCAUUUCUUUGCUGAACUAUGUAUGGUAAUAAUAAUAAUAAUGACAAUAAUAAUAAUAAUAAUAAUAAUACAUUA